CGUUUACACCUUGGGGACUUUCUUGUUGACCACACCCACUGACUGAGUGACAAGGAACGCUGCGGGGAAGGUUCAUUUGUGGAUGAAUUUUGUUCUGGCGUCAACCGAAUGCAAUGAUUUCUCGCGAAUUCCGUAUUCUGCUAUGGGUGUUAUGCGUUCACCUAGCUGGCAUCUACCUAUUUACAAAGGGCUUCCUCCUCACCCGACUCGCACUGCCAGACAGAGGAACAUGUAACUCAGACGCCUGCGCUUCACUCGCUACCCACAAAAGAGCAGUCCUGCUCGUUAUAGACGCGCUCCGGUUCGAUUUCAUCGCAGAACACCCACCAGAACCCACCUCCCCUUUCCACCACAACAUCCUCACCCUGCCACGCGAAUUGACUGCCGCUCGUCCUGAUUUAUCAUUUAUAUUUAACGCGCACUCAGACCCGCCGACGACGACUCUUCAGCGACUCAAAGGCCUUACCACGGGCUCCCUACCCACCUUUGUAGAUGCUGGGGAAAACUUUGGAGGCUCUUCCAUUCACGAAGAUUCUAUAAUACAUCAGCUUAACGCUGCAGGCAGAAAGAUUGCUCUCGCAGGGGAUGACACAUGGCUCACACUUUUUCCAGAUGCCUUUCAGCCAAACAUGACAUUUGCCUUUGACUCCUUCAAUGUCGAAGACCUUCACACCGUGGACGAGGGCGUCAUCGAUAAUAUAUUACCCUUGAUGCGACAUCAUCGAAACUCGUGGGAUUUUGCCAUCGGUCAUGGUUUAGGCGUCGACCACGUAGGUCACAGAGUUGGCCCAGACCAUCCCAUCCUCAGAGAAAAACUCGAGCAGAUGAACGAUUUUUUGCGCGAUGUCGUUGCAGCCAUGGACGAUGAUACCCUCCUCAUAAUGCUCGGCGAUCAUGGAAUGGAUCGGAUGGGUAACCACGGCGGCGACAGCGUCCUAGAGACAAUGUCAGCUCUCUGGAUAUACAGCAAGAUCCCUCUUUCGCUUCCCGAAUACCCAAUUCAAGAGGCUAUUCUACCGAUGAUCACAUUCCCAGAAGCCUCGGUCCCGCAUCGCCAUGUCCAGCAGAUAGACCUGGUGCCAACUAUUUCCUUACUCCUAGGUCUUCCCAUCCCAUUCAAUAACCUUGGGAGCAUCAUCCCGGAACUUUUCAAUCGAGGCGGUUCAUCUUUGCAGAACGCUAUGGAACUAAACGCAGCUCAGAUUAGGCGCUAUCUCGAUGCUUAUCGAUCUAGUUUGUCUGGACAGGAGCUUGAUGCUGCCUGGCAUGAUCUCUCUGUCGCCUGGGCUGGCAUAAAUGCGAUAGACGAGAAUAACCGUCUCGUUGCAUUAAAUAACUUCACUCGUUUGGCAUUAUCCGCUUGCCGUGUUCUCUGGGCUCAGUUCAACCCUUUUCUGAUGGGCGCUGGAUUGGCGGUCAUUGGUUUAAGCAUUGUCGCUUGCUGGGCAAUGUACUCCAAACUCCGAGAUGUUGAGGAUGACGAGUGGGAAAAGUGGGUUGACGACAAAGUCUUUUGGUCGUUCAGCGCCUCCGCUGGAGGAUCUGCCCUAGGGUACCUAACGCACCUUAUGUUGCAUGAGUAUUUGGAUGGUGUCGCCAUGCACCAAACCGUGCUCUUCGCUGCCGCCAUUUCAGCAUCGUUCGUCAUGGUAAUUACAACUCGCCCCACGAUCACCUUGAAAGCUAUCACGGCACUCCCCAUCUUCCUCGUUCUCCACACCUUGUGUUUCGCAUCAAACUCAUUCACAGUAUGGGAGGACCGCAUCGUGCUCUUCUUCCUCAUCUCGUCCAUUGUUCCCUCAGUCAUUACAGGUUUCACUGCUCCAACCUCCCAGCUGCGCUACCGUAUACUGGGCUUUUCUGCUCUUUUCGCAGUAUGCGCUCGACUGAUGGCUAUGAGCACCGUCUGCAGGGAGGAACAACACCCCUACUGCACAGUCACUUUUUACGCGUCCGAGUCAUCAUCAGCCCCACCAAUUACAUCACUCCUCCUCGCCUUCCCUAUUGCAAUCGCAGUUCCCCGCAUCGUCCGUCGCAUACUCAAAAUCUCCAAAUCGGACUCGGGUCUCGCUGCAACAUUUAUUCCUCUGUUCCUCGCACCAUCUUUGAUCGCUGGCACGAUGUUCUGGAUGCUCGAAUGGGCAGACUCUGCGCAAAUCCUGGGGGAUAUGGGUGAUGGCUUGAGGGUGACGAGGACGGUCUUAGCGAGGACUAGUGCUGUUGUAAUGUUGAUCGGGGGUGUUUCGGCGUGGUGGACGUCGCCUGUCUGCCUCACUAUUUCGACAAGCCAAACCCCGUCGAGUUCUGCAUCUACUGCACAAGAAAAGACUGAAGUAACCGUGCUAGGCUUCGCCAACGCCUUCGGUUCUCCAUACCUCAUUUUCUGGCUCAUCUUUUUGAGUAUCGUCUGGUUGAUGACCCAGCUCUCAGGACAGAUCGUGUUCGGACUCUCAUCCAUCGCGCUACUAUCCUAUCUAGAGAUUAUUGACAGCGUCCGGGACGUCCACAGCUUAAACGCAGCCUUCACCACCCCACCACCUCCCCCAAACCUCGUCAACAAUAACAUAAACCGUGAGCUCUUAUUCUCCGACAUCGUACCUCUAGCGCUCCUAGCGACGCACACGUAUUACAGCACAGGCCACCAAUCGACCUUUUCGUCUGUGCAGUGGAAAAGCGCGUUCAUGUUCGGAAAGACGCUUUCUUUCCCUCUUUCGCAUCUUUCUGUGGCUGUUAAUACGUUUGGGUCGUUUUUUCUUUUAGCGCUUGCGGUGCCUUUGGUCGUAUUGUGGAACCUCCCUCCUGUCCCGCAUCCCCGCCCCACAGUGGGAGCAUCAGCGCUUAGAGCUGCACUAGCGAUGUCCUUGUAUUUCGCGGUGUUGGCGUUCGGGGCAGCGAGAAUUCGUCGCGAGGCUUAUGUUUGGAUACAGUUGGAACACGACCACAUUCUCCCUUUCGAGGGUGUAACUAUUGCCGAAGAAUUUGGGCCACUUCCAGCACUAGUGUCUGCAUGGAUGGAAGAAGGAUCCCUGGACGAUUACUUGAAGCGCGAGUUUUCUAAACUGUUGGACCCUCGGAAACGAGAGCUUAUACGGCAGGUAACUACUGGUCUUAGUUACCUGCACGGCAAGGGUAUCGUGCAUGGCGACUUCACAGCGACAAACGUUUUGGUUGACAAGUCCGGUUGCCUCCGUAUCGCAGACUUUGGUCUAUCGAUGAUCCUUGCUGAGGCGGGAAACGCCACGUUCAACUCCUGUCAUCCAGGAAACGUACGUUGGAUGCCCCCUGAAGCUCUCCCAGCCGGAGCUGGAGACGAAGACGAAGAUGAAGACAAAUACAAAGCUAAAGACGAGAAGCCAACCACAGCUUGGGACAUCUAUUCGUAUGGCUGCGUGGUGUUGCAGAUCUUCUCUGGAAAGCAGCCCUACGCGGGGAUACAAAGUGCUUUAGCCGUUAUGGGUGCGAUACAGAAUGGACGCAAGCCUUUCAAGAGCUUGCAGAGUCAUGGAAUAUAUCAACAAUUCUCACCGUGCUUGAAUAAGAUCGCAGCCGAUCGCCCGACAAUUGUCGAUGUCAUGGGAGUUCUGGGUUCACAUGUACAGUAAGCAAGCUCUGUGUCGUCGUGUACUGGGUGUCAUUAUAAGUAGUGUAUAGUGAAUAUGACGAAGUUGGAGGA